AUGUCAGCCGAGAACACCGCAAAGAUCGCCAAGGCACAGCCUAGCCGUAAAGGAAAGAAGGCAUGGCGUAAGAACAUUGACAUUACCGGUGUCGAAGAUGGCCUUGAAGUUCUGCGAUCUGAAGAGCGUGUGAGAGGAAAGACAACACCCCUUGAAGAUCAUCAACUUUUCACAAUCGAUACUGUGGGUGACAGCAAAGUAAAGCGUCAGUUGGCAAAGGAUAAGCCUCUUAAGGUUGAUGAAAUUCUUGCCGAGCGAUCUGCAGUACCUGCUGUCAACGGUCGUGCACUUAGAUCUAGUGCCAAACCAGCCUCUAAAGGCAAGCCUUCCAAGUAUACUCUGGAGAAGGUUGAAAAGAUUGCUAAGCGCAAGGCCGAGGAAUCUGCUGCACCUGUCAAGAAGAAGAAUAAGUCAAGCCAGACAAAUACAUAUGAUUUGUGGGCCGAUGCACCCGUCGAGGAGAAGAACCCAUACCUUGAGGAUGUGAGAACUCACAAGGCAAAGGCUCCUGCCACAAUGGAACAUACACCAAAAGCCUUGGUUAAUCAUGUCAACGUUGUUGUACCUGAUGCUGGUGCAUCUUAUAACCCUUCGAUGGAGGAGCACCAGAAAUUGUUGGACAAGGCACAUUCUGUUGAGCUCAAGAAGGUUGAGGCAGCCAAGAAACUCGAUGAGCAGCUUGCUUACCGUAAGGAACUUGACGACCUCGCUCACGAGCUUGAAGAACACAAUGCACAUGUGAACGGUGAAACAGUCGAAGAUGAAGAAGAAACAGCGAUUAGCGCAGAUGCAACUGAAGCAGAAAAGAAAAAGCAAAAUGAGAUCCGUAAGACACGUACAAAGCGCAACAAGGAGCGGAAAGCUCAGUUGGAGCGUGCCUUGCGUGAAAAAAAGCAACAUGAGCGCAACAUCCGGAAACAGAUCGAUAAGCUCGAGGCCAUUGAAGAGGAGCUCGCUCAACGUUAUGCCGAUCUCGAAAACCUUUCGACCAAGAGAGAUGCCCACAGAGAAGCAGAGGCUCUUGCAGGCAAGAAGAGACUUGGCAAACAUUACGUUCAGGAGAUGUCCAUUGAGGUUCAGCUGCAGGACGAGCUGAGCGAGACUUUGCGUCAAUUAAAGCCCGAAGGUAACAUCUUCCGCGACAGAUUUGUAAGCAUUCAGGAGCGUAACAUUAUCGAACCCCGAGUACCUGUCCAGAAGCACACCAAAUACAAGCCAAAGGCCUACGAAAGACGCUCAUACAAGAAUUUCGAUGCUGAACAAGCUAGAUUCUACGCAAAGACCGACAAAAAAUAG